CUCAUAUUUUUUUCGAAACUUUUAAUGCUCCUGGACUUUAUAUUGCCAAUCAAGCCUUGAUGACUCUGUAUGGUAUCGGUUGUCUUAGCGGCCUUGUAAUUGACGUUGGAUACGGUAAAACCGAAAUCACUCCAAUAAUUGAUUGCUCCGUCCAAUAUCAUGCAGCUUUGACGAUACCAAUUGCUGGUCAAGAUUUUGAUGAAUAUUUUCUUUCAUUGUUGCUAUCCGAUCCUCAAUUUUUAAUGGAGUAUGGUGAAACACCAGAUAUUGAAUUCGCAAGAACACUCAAAGAAUCAGAUAAUAUUUGUGAGAUUCUUUCAGAUGGUGAUUCCAUAGAGGACAGACCAGAUAGAAUAGAAGCUGAAUAUAAUGGAAGGAAGUUUACAAUUGGUCCUGAACGUUUUCAAGUUGUCGAACCUAUUUUCAACCCUCUUUUAAUCAAUAAAGUAGGGGUUCUUUCUUUAUCUGAGGCUAUUUAUCAGGCAAUAUCUUAUUGCGAACCAGACAAACGAAAUACUUUAUGGGAAAAUAUUGCUUUUACUGGUGGUUCAUCUUUACUUAAAGAACGUCUUGAAAAAGAGUUAACCGUAUAUCUUUAUGCUUCGGACAACGCUGGCGAAUACCAAAUCAAAGAAGCAAGAUUUUUAAAAUUACCCGAGUAUUUUUCAACCCUUAAAGAUAGACCGGAAUUGGCUGGAUACUUAGGUGCUGUCAUUACAGCUAAACUUUCUUUUCCUGACCCUAAAGGUUUUAUUAAUAAAGUCGAUUACAAUGAGCAUGGUCCAAGCGUGGUUCAUACUAAAA